AUGUCUUGUUUUGAAGAUCUCUCAGGUGAAAUUUUAAUGGCCAUAUUUGAAUAUAUGAAUGUUGAAGAUGUUUGGAAAAUAUUUUUUAAUAUGAAUUCAAGAUUAAAUUCACUUGUAUUUGAUUCACGUCUUCGAUUAGCAGCUGAUAUAUCAAAAAUUGAGAAAUUAAAUUUCAAUCAAUUUUGUUUAUCAUUAAUAAAUAUUAAUUUUAGUAAUAUAUUUACAUUAAUAUUAUCAAAUCAUUAUAAUCGUUAUCCACAAAUUCGUUUAUUUCUUUUACAAACAAAUUUUAAUAUAUUUCAAUCAUUACAUUCAUUAACAUUAAUUGAUAUUAAUCAUGAUGAAUUAUUAGAAAUAGCUAAACAAAUUAAACAAUUACCAUUUUUAAAUUAUUUUCAUAUAAAUACACAUGAAAUUUUUCGUGAUAAAGAAUUAUCAAAUGUUACAUAUGCAUUACUUAAUCAAUCGAAUAUUCGAGUUUCAAUACUUUCUUUUCAUGAAAAACUUCAAUGGCAUGAAACUGAAACAAUUUCAUCAUGUAAUACCGAAGUUCUUUCUUUGGAUUUUAUUAAUGCUGAUCGUCUUUUUUCUCUUUUACCAAAUUGUCCACGACUUCGUUCACUUUCUGUUACACUUGAUUCUCGUAAUAGUUUAUCAAAAUUAACAACAGAAAAUAUAUCUUCUUCAACAGCAUUUAAUGCAUUUACUCAAAUAACAUGUCUUCGUUUAUGUUUUCGUCCAUUUGAUGUAUCAACUCUUGAUCGUUUAUUAAAUUCUGUACCUUCCGUAAGACGUUGUUCCAUAGAAACUCUCGUUUAUAGUACUGAUUAUAUACGCUCAACAUUUUGGACAUUACUUUUACAACAAUUACCAUUAUUAGAACGUAUACGUUUAGUUGUACGUGGUUGGUUUGUUUUAAAAGCAGGUAAUAAUACUAAUGAUGAAAAAUUCGAUGAAACAAGUGUUAUUGAUAGUUAUCGAUAUGAUCAAUAUUGGCUCAAUCGAGCAUAUAAACAUAUAUUUAAUUGUCAUAUUGAAUCUUCAACAGCAGUACUAGAAAUUCGAUGA